UUUUUUUGAGCAGUGUAUAUGCAGUAUAUAUAUAUAUAUAUAUAUAUAUAUAUAUAUAUAUACUAUAUUGUCAUAAGUAUUGGGGUACCCCUCCAAAUCAUUGGAUUUGGGUGUUCCAGUUACCUCCAUGGCCAUCUAGGCAUGCAGACUGCUUCUAAAAACAUUUGUGAAAUAAUUGGUCGCUCUCAGGAGCUCAGUGAAUUCAACCGUGGUACCGUGAUAGGUUGCCACCUGUGCAUUAAGUCCAUCCAUGAAAUUUUGUUGCUACUAAAUAUUCCAUGGUCAACUGUUAGUGGUACUAUAACAAAGUGGUAGCAACUGGGAACAUCAGAAACUCAGCCACGAAGUGGUAGGCCAUGUAAAAGGACAGAGUGGGGUCAGCGCAUGCUGAAGCACACAGUACACAGAAGUUGCCAACUGUCUGCAGAGUCACUAG